ACGGUUUAUCACUUCCGAGAACGGCCAUUUUAUAAGACGCUUCGUGAUCGCGUAUGUUUGGAUGCAGAGUGUCUUUUACUCUUUUUAACUGCGAACUUUAGUAUAAGAUCAUCGUGUGAUUUAAGUUGUUUGCAUAGUGAAAGAAGCCUCGAAGAUGAUAAAACCAGAGGAGAAUCAAGUGCAAAAUAAUGAUGAACGGGAUCGAAGUAGGGAACGAGAUCGUAAUCGCAGAUCAGACAGACAAAAUCGCAUAAAUUCAACGAGUCGUGAUCGAAGCAGAGAACGAAAUGAUCGAGGCGGUCGAAAAGUCUCAGACCGCCGAAUUUAUGUAUCGAACAUUCCCUAUGAUUUUCGUUGGCAAGAUCUUAAGGAUCUCUUCCGUACUGAGGUUGGAAAAGUUGCGCAUGUAGAACUUUUUACCGAUGAAAAUGAUAAACCAAGAGGCUGUGGCAUUGUUGAGUUUGAAGAUUUAGAUUCUGUGAAAGUAGCUGUGGAGAAGAUGCAUAGAUAUGAUAUUAAAGGGAGAAAGCUUGUGGUGAAGGAGGUAGACUUUGACAUUGAACGUGAUAAAUAUGGCCGUUUAGCAACUGCUCGUAAUAAUGAUAGAGUUCGUGAUGAUAGAUUUAGAGAUCCACCACGACCACAAGGAGGUGGUCGACAAAAUAUGAAUGUUCCUGCCGGUGGUGGUGCUGGUGGUGGUGGUGGUGGAGGCGGCGGCGGUGGGGGCGGUGGUGGUGGAAGUGGUGAUAAUAAAUUUGGAAAUACCUAUGGUUUAAGUACACAAUUUUUAGAAUCUUUAGGUAUUAAUGGACCUUUAGUCACUAGAGUAUUUGUGGCAAAUCUUGAUUAUAAAGUGGAUGAGAAGAAGUUAUUGGAAGUAUUUAAGUUAGCUGGUAAAGUACUGCAUGUUGAGUUAGGUAAAGAUAAAGAUGGAAAAUCCAGGGGUUUUGGAGUUGUAGAAUAUGACCACCCAGUAGAAUCAGUGCAAGCUAUAUCUAUGCUUCACAAUCAACAACUGUUUGAUAGACGUAUGACUGUCAGACUCGAUAAAGCAAACGAACCACCAAAGUUACCAGAAGGUUUAAAGGGAAUUGGAAUGGGGCUUGGAGCUGGUGGUAAUAGAUUAAUGGAUGUAGCUAGAAACAUUCCCAAUGUUCAGGCAAAUAAUCCCCCUGUUGUAAAUCCUAUUUCUGCUCCUGUGCUGGCGGCUGGUGCCUUCGGUGCUGGCUUAAACAAUGUUGUACCUGCACAGUUAGCGUCUGCAUUAACAAACACAAAUGCUGCAGCUCUUCAAGCAAGUCUGGCUGGAGGUUUAAGUGCAAACCUGACCACCAGUUCUCUGCUGAAUUCCUCUUUGACAAAUGAAUUGGCAUCUAAUUUAAAUAACUUCGGCGGAGGAGUCGGAGGUUUGUCUAAUUUACAAGCCUCUUUAACUGGCGGACAAGGCAACAAUUCGUUUGCACCGCGAGGCUUAUCUAAAAUGGACAAUGAUGUAGGAUUUGGUGGAAACAAUGCUUUUGGUGGUUCUAACUUCGGAGGCGGCAGAGAUUUUGACGGUGGAUUCAAUAGAGGAGACAAUGACCGCGGUCCUGGUGGCGGUGGUGGUUUUACUGGCAAUCAGGGUCAGGGAGGUGGUGGCAACAGACAAAACGCUAAUGGUUCACGACCAAUGUCUGAUACUAUUCUUAUAGGAAAUCUACCGCCAAACACUACAUGGCAAAUGUUACGAGACAAAUUUCAAGAUGUCGGGGAAGUCAAAUUCGCUGAAAUGCGGGGAACCGAUAUGGGAAUGGUACGAUUUGCAUCAGAAUGGGACGCUGAGCGUGCUGUGUCUAUGAUGAAUCGGUCACGUAUCGACGGCAGAACGAUUGAUGUUCGCCUGUACUAAAAGUUGGGGAACACAUUUAAGCGAGAGGAGACUGGGUGUUCGUAUGUCGUCUGCAGGAUUGUUCCGCUCCUGAUGACAAUACUUGAAAUUCAUCCUAGUUGUGUGGCAGAACUUAGGACAGUGGGUGAGAAGUAUCUGUCGUUGGAAGAUCAACAAUCGUGUUUUAAUGCCUACUUCAACGUCGAAAAAAAAUACUUAUUGGCUGCCGGUGAUCACCCUUCCUUGCUACAACUAUUUCGGUUAAAAAUUUCUUUAUUAGAAUUAUCGUUCCUUUUAACAGUGGAAGUCCUGCUAAGUGUUCACUCCCGAAAUUGAAUACUUUUCGUGUGAUCGAUACAUAGUUUAAUUGUUAGGAUUAGGUUCAUAAUGUUCAACGUAAUCUGUAGGUUUUUUCAGUACAUAGGUUUACACUAUUUACAGUAAUUAUCAAACGUAGUUUGUAAGUUUACUUUCAUAGUUUUUGUGACGAGAGAUCAAUCGGUUUUCCCACAUUCCGGUCAGAGAACGUGUGACGCUUUUGGUCGUGUUCGCGGACUGGUCAAUCGAUCCAGGUUAGACAGAUUAAUCUUUCAAGCAUAAAUACUAAUGCGAUAUAGCUGUUACGGGCUUUACGAGUUUAAAGUUUAUCCAUGUAUGAUAGAUACUUUCAUGCACAAUCCUAAGCAGAUCGUGGACGUGUGUUGGUUUUUCUGUGGUAUCGGUCGCACUCUAUUCUUGUAUCUAAGACAUAACAAGAUACAUGAUGGCUCAACAGGGGAUUGUGAAUUGUUUCCAUUUGUAGUUCUGCGGUCUGAUCUUUUAUUCGUCGCGCCACAUCGUUCUUAGUAACUUGGAGAUUCAAGUAGAGCAUAAAAAUUUUAGUUGUCAUUAGGAAAGGCCCCUUCUUAUAGUUCUCUCGUUUUGAGAUUUCGGCGAACAAAGAUUGGAUGACCUUGUACACUCUUAAAUUUGGCAGAAUUGUCUUACGUAUUGUGCAUUAGAGUAUGUUUACCAAAAAAUAGGCGAAUGUGUUCUUCAAGGAGAAAAAAGGAAAUUUUUAAUAACCUUUCAAUAUUGAAAGAGAAUGCACAUAAUGAUAGGCUCUUGAGUUAAUUUUGUAAAUUUCCAUUUUUUGGUAAACAUAUUUCCUCUCGCCAUGUAGAUUUCGAGGAACAUUCUGCGAAUUGUAUAACACUCUUGUAUAACCACGACAUCAUG